GACGUCAUCACAUGUAGCAGAGCUAGCUAGUUGUUUUUUUGGGGGAGCUAAAGGAGGAAAGAGAAAGGCUCCAAGCGGAACAAAACACCGCUCUUGGAUACAGCACUCGCGAUAUAUGCCGCUGGUUUAGUUUGACAUCUUUUCACUUUUUAAAAAAAAUACAUAUUUCAAUAAUGUCCACCCCGGCGAGGAGACGGCUUAUGAGAGAUUUUAAAAGACUUCAAGAGGACCCUCCCACCGGUGUGAGCGGAGCACCUUCGGAGAACAAUAUCAUGCUUUGGAAUGCUGUUAUUUUUGGGCCUGUGGGUACACCUUUUGAAGACGGAACGUUUAAACUGCUGAUAGAGUUUUCAGAGGAAUACCCAAACAAACCUCCCACGGUUCGCUUUGUUUCCAGAAUGUUUCACCCCAAUGUGUACGCAGAUGGAAGUAUAUGUUUAGACAUCCUCCAAAACCGCUGGAGCCCCACGUAUGACGUCUCCUCCAUACUCACUUCCAUCCAGUCGUUGCUGGACGAGCCCAACCCCAACAGCCCCGCCAACAGCCAGGCGGCGCAGCUCUACCAGGAGAACAAGCGGGAGUAUGAGAAGAGAGUGACGGCCAUUGUGGAGCAGAGCUGGGUGGACGUGUGAACCCUCCCCGCCCCCACUCCUUUCUUCCUCUAUUCUCUCUCUCUCAACAGCCUCCCUUCUACCUUUCCCCCCCUCUUCUUCAUGUGUACCUGGCGUGUGUGUGGAGAGCAGCAGCAAGCAUAUCACGUGACUCAAGUGCCACCCUGCGAGACAAUUCAAAGAUCCGCUAUGAACAUUAACUUGCUGAGGCAACAAGAGACGGGGGUUGGGGGAAAUAUGUUUUUUUUAUUGCAUGAUGUGAAAUAAGUUAUUGCUAACAGAACUUGUAAUAUAUCUUUGUUGUUUGGUUAGUGUUUGACCGUCUGCUGCUGUGCACACCAAGCGCUUCUUUCACCCCCAACAUCAGAAAAAGAACAAGCCGGAAAACAAGACUUUUUAUUGGGUAUCUCCCCCCCCCCCCUGAAUCCCUAAAGAACAAUAGGUUAUUUUUAAGUCGCGCUGUUAAAACGGCGCCCGGUCUCCGUGGUGCUGUUGAGUCACAAGCCUUAAGUCGUUCCUGCUGCGAGGUAGAAGACGAGUGUCGGGCGGAUGAGUCAUGCUCGGUUUGCAUUGCGAAGCCCGAGUUGUGUGAAAUAUCUUAUUUUUCCUUCAAUUACUUUUAACAGCAAGUAGCAGUGAAAUAAUAUUGUACUUGUUGAGCGGUCUAUCGCCUUUAAAGGCUGCACAGGACGACAAAUCCCUGUUUGAAGUCUCCUACUCCCAGAUACCCAAUGAAAAGGCUGCGGCGUUGGAUAUUGUGACAAAAAAACACACUCAAAAUAAUCUUAUUCUCCAAAGCAGUAAAACUCAUCGUGUGGCAAAGGAUUUAUUUCUCCUCAUAAGCAGAAGGGAUGUGUUACAUUUUGUGGCUCUAAAUACUUAUGCUGUAUAAACAUAAUAAAACACAUUUUUCAGACGUAA